UGCAGGAAGAGAUAACUAAAUACGGCCACUCCUGCUGGAUUCUUCACCCCAGCUCCCUUCAUUCCCUUUCUCUGUUCUUGAACCUCUCGUUUCACCAGCUUUUCUUUUUACUUUACCUUUCUCAACUCACACAGUCACUGUUGCUGCUCCCACACCCAUAGAUUUGUUGCUUUCAAGUUUCAACAGCCACACUUCUCCCCUUCUCAACCGUAACAACUCACAUACAGGUAGAACCCGAAACUCUAUGGCUGCUAAUCCCAACUCUCUCUUCUCUUUUUCCUCCUCUUCAGUCAUCACCGGACUUGUUUCACGUCCUGCAUUUUCAAAACUUCGAGUCGAUAUUCGUCUUCCUAUGUUAUCGAGUCUGUUUCUGCUUAUCUUGCUGUUUGAAGGUGCGCCUUCAUCUGUUAGUCUGAAUGGGACCAACGGGACAGUGAUAAUUCAGGAAGGCUACCUGAACUGGAUCAAACAGAUGGGUUCAUUGACCCACUCUUUGUACAACAAAGCAGAGAAUAAGCUCAAGCCUUGCUUGACAAUAACAGUAGACAAAGACCCAAAAAAGGGAGAUUUUGUUACGGUUCAAAAGGCGGUUGAUUCUUUACCAAUUGUCAAUCAAUGUAGAGUGCUUAUCAAAAUUCACGCAGGAAUUUACAGGGAGAAGGUUGAUAUUCCUGCAACGAAGGCAUUUGUUACCUUAGAGGGUGCCGGUGCAGACAGGACGAUUCUGCAGUGGGGCGACACCGCAGAUCGAAUGGGGUCCGACCGGCGGCCAUUGGGAACCUUUGCUUCUGCGACAUUUGCUAUUAAUUCUCCUUACUUUGUCGCCAAGAACAUCACCUUCAAGAAUACAGCGCCAUUGCCACCUUCAGGAGCACUUGGAAAGCAAGCGGUGGCGCUGAGGAUAUCUGGUGAUACAGCGGCCUUCUUCUCGUGUAACUUCAUAGGGGCGCAAGACACAUUAUAUGACCAUAUAGGGAGACACUACUUCAAGGACUGUUAUAUCCAAGGGUCGGUGGACUUCAUAUUUGGAGAUGGGCUGUCGCUGUAUGAGGGGUGUCACUUGCAUGCCAUAACAAACAGCUAUGGAGCGCUGACCGCUCAGAAGAGGGACAACAUGCUAGAGGAGACGGGAUUCUCGUUUGUGAACUGCAGGGUGACGGGGUCGGGAGCCUUGUACUUGGGGAGGGCGUGGGGAAGCUUCUCUAGGGUGGUCUUUGCCUACACUUAUAUGGACAAGAUCAUCACCCCCAAGGGAUGGUAUAACUGGGGAGAUAAGAACAGGGAAUUGACUGUGUUUUAUGGACAAUACAAGUGCUCUGGACCAGGUGCUGAUUUCGGCGGGAGAGUAUCAUGGUCGAGAGAACUCACACAACAAGAGGCCAAACCAUUCAUUUCCCUUAGUUUUAUUGAUGGUUAUGAAUGGCUUCCUUAAUGUAUUAUCAUAUAUAAUCUGGUUAUGCUAUAUGAUAUUCUCUC